AAAAAAAAAAAAAACCUUCUCUCUUCGGUGCGUUUGGAACAGGCGGGAGGAAGAGGAACAACCCGGUUCAACGCGUCCUCAAUGUGCGUUACUCUUCAACUUCUGCUGUGGCUGCUGCGAGUUAACGGAGCGUUGUCUCGGCUGGUUUGAUCGAGCGAAGAGCCCGAAGAGCCCGAAGAGCCCGAAGAGCCCGAAGAGCCCGAAGAGCGUGAAGAGCCCGGCGGACAGAGAUGAGCCUGGUCCUUUCUCAACUACAGGCAGAGGGGCUCCCAGCUGUGGCCCAAACUGCAACAGAGAGCGAUUCAGACAGCGGGAUGGGCUCUCCAGCAGAGGACAUGGUCACGGAGGCCGCUAACGAUAAAGAAGAGCUUCCAGCUGAAGAUUCUGAUGAUGAUGAUGAUGAAGACAUCACAGUGCACAGAAAGCCUCAUCGUAAUGCCAUUAGAGAUAGUGACAGUGAGGAAGAGGAGGCAGCUGCGGAGAACAGCGUACACAUGGCCGAGGCACUGGUCUUAUCUGCUUCCAGCGGAGAGGAGAUGGAGACCGGAGAGGCAGAAGAGAAGGAUGAGAGGAAAAAGAGAGGGUCGCAGAAGAGCAAGAGAAUAAGCCGCCCUCCCAUUGACAGUGACGACAGUGAGGCCGAGCAAGGGAAAUGUGGGGAAAUGGAGGAGCAACCGGAGGUGGUGAGGAAGGAAGCAAAAUCGCCAAAGGAACGGAAGAAGAGGGAGAAAAGUCAGAGGCAUCGAGAGAAAAAAGAGAAGCGAAGCAAAGCGGUGGAAAAACUGAAGAAGAAAGGGAGGUUCUCUGAAAUGAAUGAGGACACUCCUCUCCCUCGUGGUCUGAAUGACAGUGGAUGUCCGCUGGGCGACCCAGACCUGUUUGACACCGGUCUGGACGAUGAGGAAGAGGAGGAAGAAGAGUCUCUGGAAGCCAUCCGUGCUGCUGUCAAGCAAAAGAUGAAAAAGCACAAGGAUCCUCUCCUGAAUGAGGAAGACGAGGAAGAUGACGAGGCACCAGACAAACCCCAGCGUGUGGAGAGGAAAGCUGCGCGUGCCAGCAAAGAGGCAAUGAAGCAACUCCACAGUGAGUCCCAGAGGCUGGUCAGAGAGUCUACACUUGGCCUGCCCUACCACAUCCCUGAGCCGAAGACCAUCGACCAGUUCUUUAAGAAGAGAGCCAGGCCAGAGGGUCCUGCCAUGGCGUUGUUGAAAUCUACAAAGUAUUCAGUCAUGAUGUUGGAGACGCCGUCGGCUCCCCCUCCACCUCCCACCAACCCACCCAGUGACUCCCUGCAGCCAUCCACAGAGCAGGACUCUUCUCCCUCUCUAGACCUGUCGUCCACUCAGAUCCAGCCCAUACCUCAUCCUGCUGCCACCUCGUCCCCGCAGCGGGAGGGCCUCAGUCAGGACGGCGAAGCAACUGCGAGCCUAGAUCCCGACCAGGAAUCCGGACCGAUGCUUUACCUCUCUGAGAGUCUGCAGGAGUCGGUCACAACAGACGGAGUAGUGAGACCUGCUUCUGACUCUGGAGAAGAAACCCCUCCUGCGCCCUUAGAACGAAGCCAGACUGCAGUAACGUUGGACUCUGAUGCCCUGCAAAAAGAACCUGUAUCUGGGGCUUUGGUGGAGCCGUUAGCCGCUCAGUGCGGGAGCUCAGAUCCAGCUGCAGCAGAGCCUUCAGCACAGCAACCCACCAAACCCAAGAAGGACAAAUUGGCCAUACUGAAGAAGUUUGGACUGGACCCACCACCUGUCGCUAAAUUGUGUCCAGAUGACGGAGCCUUUGUUCAGCUAGAACCCCCCCAGCUCAACCCAGGCGUGGAGGCCCUGAAGGAGCGCUACCUUCGUCACGUCAAGGCACCGGCACGCCCUCAGGGAGAGCGUACAAUGCAGCUCAGCAUAAUCCGCAAAGACAGCACGCCGUCUGGUCAGGAAGAGUUGCACACUGAGUCAGUCACUGUCACUGUUACAGAGGGAGCAGAGGAGCCUGUGGCAACCAAACCAGGCGAGAGGCUGCUGACUCUGAAGCAGCGCCUGCAGCUCGCCAUGGCCCAACGGAGACAGGAGGAGAGGGCACGCAAGGCAGAGCUGAAUCGCUUAGACAAUGAAGAAUGUGGGGAGGAGGAAGAGGAGGAGGAAGAUAUGACGGAUGAGUCUGAGGAAGAAGAGGGUGUAGAUGAAUUACUGGGAGGUGACGAUGGUGAGGCGGAGGAGGAGGAGGAGGAGGAAGGCAGUGUUGCCCAGAGUAUCAGGAGCCCUUCUCCCGUAGCACUGAAUGGACCCUCGCCAACUCCUGACCUAGUUAACACAGAUGGCACACUCAUGCUGUUCCCGGGCAACUCCUGCUCUCGCACCGGUGAUGGCGUAAGAAGAUCAGGUCCUUCUGGACAGGACAGCAGCAAUAAAAUGGAAGAGGACGACUCUCUGUCCCUGGUGAAGGACAAUAGCCACAACAGCAGCUUUGAGCUGGCAGGAUCUAUGAUAACCUCUUACCAGCCCGUCAAUCAUCAGCGCUCCACUGGAAGAAACCUCUCCAACUCAUCCAUCUUCCGCUCCCCUUCUCCCUGCCUCUUCAGGCCCAGCUUCCUUGGCUCUGCCUCCAAGAGUUCAGGAAAACUCUCUGAGCCCUCUCUCUGCCUCCCUGUUGAGGACUCCCAAGACUUGUACGCACCUCCAUCCCCAGGAGCAGAUUCGGGGCCCCUUGGUGGAGCACCUUCGGGCCCUGGUCUGGGAGGAGACUCUCAGGGUCGCUUCUCCCUGGAGGACGACACCCAUUCCCAGUUACUAGAUGCGGACGGCUUCCUAAACGUGGGGCCACGCCCCGGUGCGCCUCGCUCCCACAAGAGACAGUUGAUCCUGGACAGCCUGGACGAAAACGCAAUGGAUGCCAACAUGGGGGAGCUGUUGGGGUUGUGUUCUGGUGUUUUCGGGGCAGCGGAGAGUGGCUCGAGUCAGGCAAGAGGCAUUGGAGCAACGCAAGAGGACGAGCUGCUCGGGUUGUGCUCUGGAGCGUUUCCACCAACACACGCAGGAGAGGAGCAGAUGGAAACAGACAAGAGUAAGGAGAGAGGACAGGAUGAAGAAUCUGAUAGUACCAUGGAUCAGCUGCUGGGGCUGUGUUCAGGGAAAUUUCCUAGUCCAGGUCAUGCUCACACGGCUUCACCCGCACAAGACAGUAAAAAGAAGCCAGAGGAGGAAGAACAACAGCAGCAGGAGGAAGGGGAGGAGGAGGAGGAAGGGGAGGACGACGACUGUGAGUUCCGGCUUCUGUCAGAUGUGGACAGUCAUAGUGAACAGGAGGACAAUGAUGAGGAUGGUGGAGAGAAGGAGGAGGACGAGGCAGAUGGUGAAGACGAGGACAAUGAGGUAGAAGAGGAAGAGAUCCAGGGUGUGUUCUCACCACACCGGGUUAAGAAGAAAAAGAAGAAAAUGCGUAUGACAGACUACGUGGACUCGGAGGCUGAGCUCUCAGGCAGUGACUUGGGCAGCGACGAUGAGGACGCAGACAGAGGCAGCGAAUACGAGGAAGAGGAGCUUCUUGAAGAGCUUCCCUCUGAUGAAGAGCUGCAGGACCAGGUCAACAAAAUCCACAUGAAGCAGAUAAUGGAUGAUGACAAGCGCCGUCUGAGGCUCUACCAGGAGCGUUACCUCGCUGACGGCGACCUUCACUCUGACGGCCCGGGACGAGCUCGCCGCUUCCGUUGGAAAAAUAUUGAUGACCGUUUUAACAUGGACAGGACGGGAGCAGAGGGCGACGAAGAGGAGGAGGAAGAUGAUGGCGUGGACCAGUCUGAGGUCCAGAGGAGGAAAGAGAGACUAGAGAGAGAACAGUGGCUCAGAGAACAGUCUGAACAGAACGCCAAGAAAGGGGAAGAUUUGGAUGCAGAUGAUGAGAAGAUUGGAGAAGAAGACAGUCAAUUUAUGAAGCUGGCCAAGAAACUGACUGCCAAGACUCUGCAGAGAAAAGAGCCCCCUGUGGCACCGCAACCAGAGAAGAAGACCUCAUCGGUUCUUAAUCCUUUCCAGAGACCCUCGCAGCCCUUACAGGUGAGGAGAGGGUCACUACUGAGUCAGCCUCACUCCGUCCUCCAGAAGUUGGCUUCGAUCUCAGAGGGGAAUCCUCUGGCGCCCAGAAACAGCCGAGGAUUCCUGUUUCAAACUCUGUCUCCUGAGAAGGACAACUCGACCUCAGACGCUCCCCAGAAACAGAUGAUGAAGAAGAGGGGGGCGGCGGGGGCCGUGAACCCAGCAGCAAAGAGGGUCUGCAGAGAGAACAAGCCUGCAGAACAGAUUAAAGGCCCCCAGAGGAGCAUCUUCAACUUCCUGGAUCACUGAGGUCGCAAUACAUCAACUGAAUGAUAAUCAUCGACAGGCUGGGAAGCAAAAACUGAUAAAGGCCGGAACUGACCAGCCACGUCCAGUAUUUCAUCAGCCAGUAAGAUUUCAGAAAUGAAAGAGGUGGUAGAAUUAUGGUUAUGUGCCAAGCUGGCUGGUAGACGUCCUCCCCUCUGUCUCCCUUUGUGGAACACAAAUACAGAUGGUUGUACGCGUGUUUGCAUGUUUACAUUGCCUUAAAAUGGCAAACUAACGAGCACCAGUGAGGCGUCUUUUUGAUGCUUUAGAUUUUCACACAUUUGCUGUUCACUAAUUCAGCUCGUGUGUCUAAAUUUUAAAUCUGUUUCGCCGUCAGAAACAUUCCUCUGACAUCUUACUUGACUUAAUUGGGACUGUGUCAGAAGUCCGUUCAAAAUGUUUUAUCAUGUAAAUAGGAUUUAUUAGAUUUUUAGUGGAUAGGGAAAUUUUGUAUGACAAUUUAAAUGUAUUUGUUUUACAUUGUAAAUAAAAGUGUAUUUUAAGAA